ACAUACAUAAGAGAGCGUAUUUAACAGCUGUUAAGCUACGUGAUGCACUAAACAUAAACUUGAAGAAUGAUAAAAUGAUGUCCAACGAUAAGAGAACUGUAUACAUAGGAUCUUUGGCGGACGAAGUUACAGAAAAACUGCUAAAUAAUGCUUUCAUACCAUUUGGCGAUAUAGCUGAUAUACAAAUUCCGGUUGAUUAUGAAUCGCAGAAGCACCGCGGUUUUGCAUUUAUAGAAUAUGAAUCUGCAGAGGACGCUGCAUCUGCUAUAGAUAAUAUGAAUGAUUCUGAGCUGUGUGGACGCACGAUAAGAGUUAAUUUGGCAAAACCUGUCCGAGUUAAAGAAGGCAGUUUUAAACCUGUAUGGGCCGACGAUGAAUGGCUACAAAAACAUGCCGGCGCUACUUUAACAAAUACGGAAAGUAAUACAAACGAGGAAACCGGAGUUGUUGUCCGUCCCAAUGAUGCUACACCUGCGAUUAUCGAGAAAGCGGAAAAACGUAAUCCACAAGUUUUCUUUGAUAUACGCAUUGCCGGGAACGAUGUAGGACGUAUUGUUAUGAUUUUGAGAUCAGACGUUGUUCCGAAAACGGCUGAAAAUUUUCGUGCGUUAUGCACCCACGAACAUGGUUUCGGCUACAAAGGCAGUACCUUUCAUCGUAUUAUACCUGAAUUUAUGUGUCAAGGAGGUGAUUUUACUAAUCAUAACGGUACCGGUGGUAAAUCCAUUUAUGGUAAGAAAUUUGCCGAUGAAAAUUUCACCUUAAAACAUAAUGGCUUUGGGACUUUAUCAAUGGCCAAUUCUGGUGCGAAUACGAACGGUUCUCAAUUCUUCAUAUGUACCACAAAAACUGAUUGGCUGGAUAACAAACAUGUUGUAUUUGGUCACGUUAUUGGUGGUGCAGAUGUUGUGCGGAAAAUUGAACGAUGCGGCUCUAAAUCGGGUGUGUCAACACAAAAAGUUGUUAUUUACUCCUGUGGAGAAUUAAAAUAAGUUGCAAGCGCAUACAUGCAUUCACGCAAGCGUCGUGAUUUAUUUAGAAUUUUUUAUCACAAAGAAAAAAUCAAAUAUAGUUUACAAAAAUUAUCAAUUAAACUCAUUGUUCGUUACGCAUAAUGAGGUUGAGAAACCGACAGACGUUAAAGAUGACCAUUCACACGUACGU